CUGCUGAAAAGCCUGCUGGAUCUUCUAGUGACCUGCUGUUCUUUCCUGCUUUCCUGCGUUUUUUUCGGAUUCAGAUUAAAAACGCAGCUCUUUCUCUGGUUCUUCUUUUUCUUCAUUUUCUUUUCCGACAUAAAAUACAAACCUCGAGCUUCACCUUUUUUUCCUCUCUCUCUCUCUCUCUCUCUCAUGUGAAGGAAGAGGUGGAGGUAGAGGGAGGGGUAUUGUCGGCAAAUUUGGAUGAAGGAGUGUGUUUAUGUUUGUAUCUUCCUGGGGGGGGGUGUUGGUGAAGGGACAGAGGAGGGGGGGGCGCUGAGACCUAAUUCUCCAGCACACUUUGGUGCCAUGUCAAUGCACGGGGAUUCCGACUGACAAGCAGCUGGUAGGGAAAAAGAGUGAGACUUUGGUUUCCUGAAAAGAAGCGGAGGACAGGGAGUAAAAGUCUGAGGAAGACGCUCUACCUCAUUGUUCCCUCGCUGGAUGCACUGAUGAACUGAAUUCUCCCAGCUGUGCCUCAGCGGGACCCUGCCUCGGAGAGAUCCACGGGUGAACGGGAGUCCGGGCUCCAGCAAGGGGGAGGAUUUUGGACUCCCUCCCUGGUGGAGGGUAGGGGUGUGGGGGGCCAGGGGGGUGACCUGGCCAUCAAGCGGACCACGGGCAUCUCCUCUCCUGGGACCAUGUACCCACAGGGACGGCACCCGGUCCCUCUGCAGCCUGGCCAAUCCUUCAAAUUCACAGUCCUGGAAACCCUGGAUCGCAUUAAGGAGGAGUUCCAGUUCCUCCAGGCCCAGUACCACAGUUUGAAGCUGGAGUGUGAGAAGCUUGCCAGUGAGAAAACAGAGAUGCAGAGGCACUACAUCAUGUACUACGAGAUGUCUUAUGGACUGAACAUUGAAAUGCACAAGCAGGCGGAGAUUGUGAAGCGGCUCAGUGCUAUCUGCGCUCAGAUCAUCCCCUUCCUCUCUCAGGAGCACCAGCAGCAGGUGGUACAAGCAGUGGAGAGAGCCAAGCAGGUGACCAUGGCUGAGCUCAAUGCCAUCAUUGGGCAGCAGCAGCUCCAGCACCUGUCCCACCACACCCCUGGAAUUCCCCUCACCCCCCAUCCCUCUGGGCUUUCCUUGGGGGCUGGCUCAGGCCUGCUGGCUCUCACUGGGGCCUUAGGGGUCUCUGCACACCUGGCUACCAAGGACGAGCGCAAUCACCUGGACCCAGAACACCUGAGAGAGGGAGCGCCUAGCAGGAGUAAGUCGGUGUCCUCGACAGACAGCCAGCCUGCAGAGGAGCGGCAGGGUCCCUCAGGGGGCUACUCGUCACAGGGUGGGGUUGAUGCCAAGAGGAGGCGUUGCGAUGAGAAGGACGCACUUCCCUCGCACUAUGACAGUGAUGGGGACAAGAGUGAGGACAACCUUGUGGUAGAUGUCUCUAAUGAGGAGCCCACCUCCCCAGCUGGCAGCCCUCCCACUUCUCCUCACGGCAAUGGACUCGAUCGGGCCCCCACCCUCAGGAAGGAGUUACCUGGGACUCCCAGUCCCCCAAAUGCCUCCACGUCACCUCCACCACACAGCCCUGCACCAGGAAAACCCAAGGACCCAGCACAGGUAGAGAAGUCUCAAUCUCCCUCUUCAAAAUCGGGCACCCCUUCUCCCUCUCGCCGUGAGGCCCUUACCCCAGGGCCUCCUGGUCCCAGCACCUCCUGCCUGCGCCUUGUCAGCAAACCUGCCUCUUCUGCUGACCCCCUGGCUCUGCGUAGCCCUCUGUCUGUGCCACCUGGCUCAUACCCGGCUCAUUUUGGGGUGGUGUCCCACGCAGGCUUGAAUGGCGAGCUGGCCAGCCCUGGAGGCUUCGGGGGGGCGCUCACCCUCUCCCCACAAAUCAGCGCUGCUGCCAGUGCAUACACGCGCAGCCCAAUGGUGGCCUAUGAGUCCCGCUCCCAUCUUAGGCCCCCAGGGCUGUCCUCUUCACUGCCUGGAGCCACAGGCGGAAAGCCGGCCUACUCCUUUCAUGUGAGUGCAGACGGGCAGAUGCAGCCAGUGCCCUUCCCUCCCGAUGCCCUGCUGGGCCCGGGCAUCCCGCGCCACGCCCGGCAGAUCCACACUCUGAGCCACGGAGAAGUGGUGUGCGCCGUCACCAUCAGCACCUCCACGCGCCACGUCUAUACCGGCGGCAAGGGCUGUGUCAAGGUGUGGGACAUCAGCCAGCCUGGCAGCAAGAGCCCCAUGGCCCAGCUGGACUGCCUGAACAGAGAUAACUACAUCCGUUCAUGUAAGCUCCUCCCUGAUGGACGUACCCUGAUAGUCGGAGGAGAAGCCAGCACUCUGUCCAUAUGGGACCUGGCCACACCCACUCCACGCAUCAAAGCAGAGCUGACAUCCUCCGCUCCCGCCUGCUACGCCCUCGCCAUCAGCCCAGACAACAAGGUCUGCUUCUCCUGCUGCAGCGACGGCAACAUCGUGGUCUGGGACCUUCACAACCAGACCUUGGUCAGGCAAUUCCAGGGCCACACGGACGGGGCCAGCUGCAUCGACAUCUCCAACGACGGCACCAAGCUGUGGACAGGAGGGCUGGACAACACGGUUCGCUGCUGGGACCUGAGGGAGGGGCGGCAGCUGCAGCAGCAUGACUUCACCUCCCAGAUCUUCUCUCUGGGGUACUGUCCCACAGGAGAGUGGCUUGCAGUGGGAAUGGAGAGCAGCAAUGUGGAAGUGCUGCAUGUCUCCAAACCUGACAAGUACCAGCUGCACCUCCAUGAGAGCUGUGUGCUCUCACUCAAGUUCGCUUACUGCGGCAAGUGGUUUGUGAGUACAGGGAAGGACAAUCUGCUGAACGCAUGGAGGACGCCCUAUGGAGCUAGCAUAUUCCAGUCCAAGGAAUCCUCCUCGGUCCUGAGCUGUGACGUGUCUCCAGAUGACAAGUACAUUGUCACAGGCUCUGGGGACAAGAAGGCCACUGUGUACGAGGUGGUGUACUGAAGCUGGGCGGGGAGGGGGUGAUCGGGCCUGUGGCAGGGGGCAACCAUGGCUCUUGUUCCUACAAUGUGACAUCCUCCCCAAGGCCACUCUCCAGCUGGGCCUCCCCUCCUGCCCUGAGGUGAGGCAGGAGAGGAGGGGAAGCAGAUAAUUAGUGUGGUUCCCUGAUUAAGAGCUCAGUGGAUGGGAAGCCCCAGAGGAGCUGGUUGGUGCUUGGGGAACUGGGCUGAGGAACACUGAUACCAGACAAUCGAUUCAUUAGUCAGUCAGUCAAACAUUAAUGAGGCAAGUGCAGACCCCGUUCCCCAGUGAGGGGUGUCAGGCAAGCAGUACAGCAGAACUGGGCUGGGUGGCAUUCCUGCUGGAGAGACACUGAUACACAAGCAGAUCCAUGCACAUUCUUCAUCCAAUUAAAUAUUCAUACAGCGGCUCGCAAUCUAAUUCCCUAAUAUAUAUUUUAUUUUUGUCUGCCGAAGCCUGCAUUUAAUGAAGAGCAGUGUCAAUUGGAAUCCCAGCUGGUUUCGUUCCACAGACACUGAAUAGAAAUGCUAGUAUUCAUUUAAUCCAAACUCUUAUGGAUGGUUAUCUUCUUACAGCACUCUGAUUGGACACCAAGACAGUGGAUGGUGUCCAUUUCAGUACUCUACAUCCUUGUAGGUAGGUCAGGCACAUCCGUGCAUUUUCUGAUCGCAAAAAGCACAUUUUGUUUUUAUCAAUCACCUGCAUCACAGAUUUUUCUGUUAUCACAGAACAACAGGACUGCAGCAGUGUUUUUCAGUUUAUGGUUGUAAUGCUGGCUGGUAAGUUGUGUAAAGGCUACUCUGCACUCUGAACUCGAUUAAAUAGUCAGUUAGUUCUUUAUGGUAUGCUUAGUGUUUUAUGAAGUCUUAAAAAUAGGUUUUGCUACUGGGACUAGUUGUUACAUAUGUAUUAUGAGGUUAAUGUGGUCUUGGGUCCCUUCAGUUUGGCAUUUUUACACAUAUGAGCCCUCGCUUCACUGUGUUUUUGUAUGAUAUGGUAGGGAUCUGAGGGGAAAAGGGUGAAGACAGGAAUAGCCAGACGUUUUCACAUCCACAUAAAUGUUUUAUGAUAUUUAUCCUCACAUCCAGCACUGACGCCUCCCCUUAAACUUAGCGCUCACGACCUCCUGUAGCUCCCAGCACUGAAACCUCUCCAGGCUUUGUAAAUAAGCCAAUAAGUGAUCCGAUUCCUGUCUCCACGGGGUCCUCUGGCUGCCCAGGUCGUUUCCACAGCAGGAGCCAAGGUUGCCCUGUUCCCUGUUCUGUGGGCCAGGAGAGGGGAAGGGACUCACUGCGUCACACGCAGGACAUGGCAGUCAUCGGGUGGCUGGGAAAGACGUCUCGUCUUGUACUUUUCUCAAUGUAUCCCCUCCCGAGUGGUGGUGACAGGCAGCAGCCCACGGCCUUGCGGCAGCAGCUUCACUCCACCUUUUCAGGGGGCUUAUUCUGGUGACUGA